AUGCAAUCCCACACAUUCACUCGGAGCCGUGGAGUUCCGAUCUAUAUGAAUGGAUCCGUGUCACAUCAACGACUUUAUGAUCGACUUUCUGAGCCUUCAACAUCACGACAACUUCCCAGGAGUAUUUCACUUGCUCCAACUGGACAUCGUGGAGGAUCCAGUAGGCGAGAUAGGGAUCAGGCUGAUAAUUCCCUACCUCCAACUUUCAUCCCUCGAUUUCACGACGAAUCUGCAGUAAGAAGAAUGAAUUAUCGACCAAUUCCUGGUACAGAUAUUCGAAUAUCCAAAAUUGGAUUCGGUGCUGCUGCAAUUGGUGGAAUGUUUGGAAACGUAGAAGACUCUAUAACACGAAUAGUGGAAACAGCUAUCAAACAAGGAAUCAACUACAUAGAUACCGGAUAUUGGUACAGUCAGAGUCGAAGCGAAUCUAUUCUUGGGAAAGCUCUAUCGAAAAUUCCGAGAAAAUCGUAUUACAUCAGUACAAAAGUUGGGCGGUUUGAACUGGAUUACGCUAGAACUUUCGACUUUCGAGCCGAUAAAAUUUUGGAAUCACUGACGAAUUCGUUGAAAAGAUUACAGCUGACCUAUAUCGAUAUUUGUUAUGUCCAGAUCCAUGAUGCAGACUUUGCUCCGAAUGAAUCGAUAGUACUGUACGAAACAUUGCAAGCUCUGGAGAUGGCAAAAGCAUCUGGGAAGAUUAGACAUAUUGGGUUAACAGGGUAUCCUCUAGCUAAGCUUGUACAGUUAGUGGAUUGCUGUACAACAAAAAUAGACUUUGUGAUGACCUAUUGCAAAGGAGCAUUAAAUAACAACUCUCUUGGACAAUUCACUUCUUGGUUUCAAACUCGAAAUAUUGCUGUUAUAAACUCAGGAGCACUUUGUUGGGGACUUCUCACUGAGAAGGGUCCGCCUCCUUGGCAUCCAGCAAGCGAUGAAAUCAAAGAAGCUUGUCUAGCAGCUACUACAUAUUGCUCGUCCAAAAACAUCAGCAUAUCGAAACUAGCUCUGGAUUAUGCUUUGAAUUUUCCCAACAUUGUCUGCUGUCUUGUGGGAAUGGAUAGUGUUCAACAGGUUCUGGAUAAUCUUGAACUGGCGAAUUUUUCAAGGAUAACUGACGUUGAGCAAAGAGUACGGGAUCGAAUUAUGAGACGAUAUUUGGAUCGGUUAGAGAAUGCUGGAUGGGAAGGAGUGGAUGUCGCUCAGUACUGGAAGAAAUUGAAAAAACUCGGAUUGACUGCUCUUGCAACACAUCGACAUUCUUCUGUCGAAAGUCUUGCGAGUACAUUGAACGGGUUUUCUCUAUAUUCAUCGAAUUCGAGCUCAGAACUAAGAACGCCUCGCAGACGUCGUCCAUUAUGA